CUUUGAAUAAGCAGCAAAUUUACAGCACAGAAUUCAGUCGUCGGAGCUUUCCCUGUCUUCCACCGUUGCUUCCUCUCCGACAACCGGACGAGUAGAAAGUCUAGCCCUAGCUAGCUGGGUAGUUUAAGACGAAGAAAUCAGGUGAAUCAUAAACCCUAAUUGAGUAGUCUCGAAGCUCAAGGAUGGGGAAGAAGCAGCACAGCAAGGACAGAAUGUUCAUAACCAAAACGGAAUGGGCCACCGAGUGGGGCGGCGCCAAAUCCAAGGAAAUACGCACACCCUUCAAACGCCUCCCCUUCUAUUGCUGCGCUCUUACCUUCACGCCGUUUGAGGUACCGGUCUGCACCAGUGAUGGCAGCGUCUUCGAUAUAAUGAAUAUCAUUCCUUACAUUAGGAAGUAUGGAAAACAUCCAGUUACUGGAGCUCUAUUGAAGCAGGAGGAUCUCAUCCCUCUUAGUUUCCACAAGAAUUCUGAAGGAGAGUAUCAUUGCCCUGUGCUAAACAAAGUUUUCACUGAAUUUACACACAUAGUUGCUGUGAAGACUACUGGAAAUGUAUUCUGUUAUGAGGCAAUUAAAGAAUUAAACAUCAAGACCAAGAACUGGAAAGAGCUUCUUACUGAUGAACCGUUUACUAAGGACGAUCUUAUAACAAUUCAGAAUCCUAAUGCGCUGGACAGCAAAGUAACCCUGGAUUUUGAUCAUGUCAGACAUAGCUUAAAGGUUGAUGAUGAAGAACUAAAAAAAAUGAGUUCAGAUCCAACUUAUAACAUAAAUAUCUCUGGGGAUAUCAAGCAGAUGCUUAAGGAGCUUGGAACUGAGAAAGGAAGGCAAACUGCUCUACUUGGUGGUGGUGGUACCAAGGCACAAAAUGAGAGGGCUGCUGCUCUUGCUGCCAUUUUAGCUGCAAGGUCACGUGUUAAAGAGGAUUCAAAAUCAGAUUCAAAUGGAGAAAAUAAAGCUCAACAAGCUUACAGUAUUGUAGAUGCUGCAUCUGCUGCAGUACAUGGAAGAAGUGCUGCUGCAGCAAAAGCUGGGUCAGCUGAUAAAACUGCUGCUCGGAUAGCCAUGCAUAUGGCUGGAGAGAGGGAUGCUGUGAAUGCCAAGCUGGUUAAGAGUCGUUUUACAACUGGUGCUGCUUCACGAUCCUUUACUUCUACCUCUUAUGAUCCUGUCACAAAAAAUGAAUUUGAAUAUAUCAAAGUUGAGAAAAACCCCAAAAAGAAAGGUUAUGUUCAGCUGCAUACAACACAUGGUGAUUUGAAUAUUGAGCUGCACUGUGAUAUUACUCCAAGAACGUGUGAGAACUUCAUCACUCUAUGUGAACGUGGCUAUUAUAAUGGAGUGAUUUUCCAUAGAAACAUCAGAAACUUUAUGAUUCAAGGUGGUGAUCCUACUGGUACUGGGAGGGGAGGUGAAUCGAUAUGGGGAAAGCCUUUCAAAGAUGAAGUGAACUCUAAGUUGCUUCACUCGGGAAGGGGUGUUGUUAGUAUGGCAAACAGUGGCCCUCACACCAAUGGUUCACAAUUUUUUAUCCUGUACAAAUCUGCCAAUCAUUUAAACUUCAAACAUACAGUGUUUGGAGGCGUUGUUGGUGGCUUGACUACAUUGGCAGCAAUGGAAAAGGUCCCUGUUGAUGACAAUGACCAACCUCUGGAGGAGAUUAAGAUUAAUAGCAUCACUGUCUUUGUCAAUCCAUACACAGAGCCAGAUGAAGAAGGAGAGGAAGAGAAGGGCAAAAAUGAGAAGAAUGCUGAGGAUGAAGAAAACGAUAAGGUUGGGUCGUGGUAUAGCAAUCCUGGUACAGGGACGGCAGAAUCUGGAGCCAAUGGUGGUGGUGGUGGUGGUGGUGUUGGAAAAUACUUAAAAGCAAGGAAUAAUCAAAGUGACUCUGCUGUCACUGACACCAGUGCAAUCACUGUAACAAAGAAAAGGAAAGUCACAGUAGGAGGAUUUAAAGAUUUUUCUGCCUGGUGAGGACUUCCAUUAUUCCAUAUGAUCUUUUCUGGUGAGGAAUCAAUGGUUGCUCAAAGUGAUUCUACUGCUCAACACUUCCUAACAAAGUCACUGUUGCAAAGAAUAGGAGAAUGUGGAUUUUAGUGUCAGAAUGCAAAGCUUUAAAUAUUCUCUGGAGGUAGCAUCACUGAGUUUUGAAAAAUAUUUCAACAUGAUUGAAAAGAAAAACAAUAGGAAAAUUGGCAUACAUACCGUGCAUUUGUAUUUUAGGUGUAGAAACCUGAUUGGAGUUUGUAUUUUCUCCUCCGUUUCUUGUGUAAAAGUAUAAGAUUUUCCAUAUCAUUAUUCUGUGUGUAUGAGGUCAUUCGUGUGUGUGCAUCCAAGGGUACGUGUUCUGUGUCUGGGUUUUCUCUGAUCCUCUACCAGUAGUUGGUUUCUGACCAGAGGUCCAGCUUCUCUUGUUCAAGAUCAGUUUCAAUGGAAUUCCCAACUUCAAAGGUAAACCCCAAGUCCUAAAUUCCAUUACAGUUCCAUUGUCCGUUACUUCUGCAAUGAUCAUUACAUUUCUGCAUAUACCGGACAGAAGACAAUGAUGUUGUGAGACAGAUUACACGGAUGGGUCCACCAGUUGUAGUAAUUUCGACCAAGUAUGGUAUAAGAUUAGUCUACCCAUUUACGGGGAACUUUGUUUUGAUGCGCUAUUGGUGUUGAAUGCGUACCGUAUUGCUGAGG